AGGAGCAGGGGAGUAGUUUCCAAGGAACUGAAAGCAUUUCAGACAAGACAGACGCCAUAGUUUCCAGGUUUGUGCAUCGUAGCGAAGAGCUUUACCCAGGUCGAAUAUCAUGACGUUGUUCUGUUCGUAACUUGCGAAUAUGGCAUUCCCAGCGUCAUCCUUGCUGAGGCUUUCUGCUAGCCUAAGCGAUCAGCAGCAAUGCCGAACUCCACCUUCCAGUCAGGGAAAUCGCCAGUAGUGAAACCACGACCUUUCUUUCCUCUUUCAGUCCUCUGAAAGACUCACGCGGAGGUGUAGCAAGCCCUAGGAAGGGGAUCCUCACCGCUGGUCGAAACGCACGGGAGGAAAUGAAGAGCGGAUCGGAGAAGGAGAACAGCAACGGCGGAGAAAACCGUGAGUGGAACAGAAACGCGUCAGCCGUAUCAGCGGCAUCAGCGGCAUCAGCGGCAUCAGCGGCUAUGGAUGAUCCAUUCAGCCGGAGUUCUGCUUCCAAGUAUGGAAACGGCGGAAGAACGAAGGAGACGAACGAGAAUCGAAGAAACUGCGUGAGCGACGGCGGGGACGGCUACGGGGAGAACGGACCGAAUCGGACUGAAAACUUUCGCGUUGGAGAAGGAAGCGGUGGAGCGAGAGAGGAUGGAGGGGUGCUCCUGGAGCUGAACGGAUCAGCGUACGCUCAGCCUCGGCAGGAAACCCUGCAGGAAACUCUAGGGAUUACCGGAGUAAGGAUCAAAGUCGGGGUUGAUCCUUGUACCAGACGCAACGUGGAUCAGUCCGCCUUAGACUCCAAGGUCGACGCAGAAAGAGCGAACCAGCAGAUGCAGUCUCUGCAGCCGACGGGUGGUAGUGUAACGGGUACGUGUGUCGGCGACGUGGAGGAAACCGUCGCAGAAGUCGCACGAGUCGUCGCAGGCGACGGUGACGGCAUCGCCGAGAUCCCGGCGACGCCACAGCCGCACAGGCCGGCAAAUCUGACCCCGCUGAUCCUAUACGAAGACUCGCCGUCGCUUGCCUUCAGCAUCUCCCCAUCUCCUUCCCUCUCCCCUUCCCCUUCCUCCUCCCCUAUGCCUCCGCUUCCCCCUUUAGCACCUCCUCCCCCUCUCGACACAUUAGUUCCUACAAGUCCCGGAGAUCCCUCGCAACUUAAAGCUCUCCCUCUGAACCGGACCGCGUCCUCGACGUUACCCCCAGAUCCCGCUCCGGCCGGUCUUCAGCCGCCGCAUCCGCCGCCGGAAAGCCCGCAGCCAAUGACGGCUUCCCGUGACGAUUUUCCUGGCGACGCGAACGCAGCAUCCUGCGAAGCUUCUCAAGUGGCUCCCCCGGAAAAUCAUCAGGUGCCUUGUCAGGUGCCUUUUCAGGAGCCCUCGCACGCGCUCAUCAGCAGUCACGUGACACCAUCUCUCCCCGCCCCUCAGAUUAUCAGCGGCCCGGCAGACAAGCCCCAUGAACGCGCGGACCCCGCGAAUCUCGCGGGCACCGCAAAUCCCGCUGCCUCCGCACCUGCGAAUCCAGCGGCGAAUUCCGCAGCGAAUGCGUAUCCAGCGGAGAAUCCAGCGGAGAAUGCCGCAGCACCUGCGAAUGCAAACUCAGCGGCGAAUCCAGCGCGCCCACGACUCGUGCGUUCCGCCUCCUCCGACUCCUUCCGCCUACCCGCCCCACUCGCCGAGGGGCCUCAAAAGCCGUCCCGUGCUACCCCCGGCACCCCCUCGGGUUCCAGCGCCGCUUCGCGCCUCUCGCCAGGCCUCGGCUUUAGGUUCUUCUCCAGAGGCCAUGCCAACGCCUCUCCCUUGCGUUUCCGCAGCCGCAACACCAGCGGCGGCGGCGGCGGCGGCGGUGACGUGAAAUUCACUGUUGCAGGGGGUGACUAUGGCGGGAUCGGUGGCGAGAGGAACGGGCUGGAGUCUAAGUGGGAGGUCCCACAGGGACGAUCGUCUCCUUGGUCGCGGGGGUUGAGCAGGGUUCGCGGAAUGGUGUCUCCAAGGUGGAAUAGAAGGCACGAUGGUGCUGGUGCUGGUGCUGGUGCUGGUGCUGGUGGUGGCGAGAGUCGUGCGGCGGAGCAGAUGGAUCGCAACGGCACUGCUGCUUCUGCUGCUCCUGUGCCUGCGCCUGCUGCUGGUGCUGGUGCUGCUGGUGCUGCUCCUCCUGCUGCAGCGCAUGCCGAACCUCACCGCCGAGGCUUGGGCUCGCCAAGGCUCCGGUCGUGGCUCGGGUCGCCUGAACUGCCAAUGCUCCCGCUGCGGCGCGGCCUUGGCGUGAGGUGGCACCGAACCUGCUCUGCUUCGGUAGCUACGUCUGUCACUACUGGGCGCGACACAUAUGAUCCCAGCGCUGCUUUUGACAACAGUGAUGUUCCCCCGUACCCCUGCAGCACCGUCCCUGCCUUCAGCCAUCCCUCCGUUUCCACCAGCAGCACCGGUGCUUUCUCCAGUGCGGGUACGAGCACUGCACGCGCGGCAGCGGCUUCAGACGCUGAUUCUGCAAGCCACGUGGGCACACGUGGGAAACACGUGGAUGGGUCCCGCUCCCUUGCGUCCUCCCCGCUUGCUGCGGCUGCGGCGGCCGCAAUCGCGGAAUAUCACGCGAUUAGGGAGCAGCCCAUCUCAUCAGCACCUGAAGAAACACCUGAAGAAUCACCUGAAGCAGCAGCGGCAAAGCCGCUCGUGCCCGGAUGCAUGUCGCAUGAUGGAGCGCCCAGACCGCGUCAUCCGCAUGCCCACGUGCAAGCGAGUACCAAGAAGUCCCUGGCCAGAACAGUGUCAGACCCAGGCGGCGGCGAGUGCAAUUCGAACACAAGACAAGGCGCCGAAGCGGUUGUAGUUGUAGCGGCAGGCGUAGAAACAGCUGUAGUAGGGACGGCUGUAGCAGGGACGGCUGUGAGUGCUACAGCCGUGACAGGAGGCGGCGACGGUGAUCGUGGUAAGGUCGAUAGGGAGUCGAAGCAGGGCGGCGGUCCUGGUGGCGGUCGGGGACUGCUCAGGUGGCUGUCGUGGGGAAAGGCAAAACUAGGCGCGGGGAAGGGGAAUGGUGGAAAGCGGCGGAAGGGGAAGGCGGAAAACGGUUGCGCGGAGCACAGGGGGAGUGGGUUCGGCGCAGAGCUGACGACCAGCGAGCAGUAUAAGGAGCGGGGUGAGCCUGUGGAGCGGGGUGAGGAGGUUAGGGAGCAUGAUUGCGGCGUGAAGACGACCGAAGGUGGUGGUAAUAGUGGUGGUAAUAGCGGUGGUGAUAGUGGUGAGAAUAGUGGCGGUAAUGGUGGUGGUGCCGCUGUUUCAGCGUCGAAUCUUGCGGCCAGAGCAGCUGUGGACACGUGGCUGCGGGAGAACGAGACGCACGGGGAUGACGUGGACGAGGAUGACGUGGAAGGAAUAGACGAGGAGAGUGUGGAGGAGAGCGGUGCUGAAGUGGGAGAGAUGAUGGGAGGUGGGGAGGAGGAGGAGGGGGAGCAGGCGGAUGGGGAAGAGGAGGAGGAGGGGGAGGAGGAGGAGGAGGGGGAGGAGGAGGAGGAGGAGGAGGAGGGGGAGGAGGGGGAGGGGGAGGAGGCAGAAGAGGAGCCUGAAGGAGAGGUGGAGGAUGGCAGUCAUGAAGACUGUUCCUCUGAGGGUGAGGACGGAAAGGAGGAUGGGGAGACGGAAGGAGGAGAGCGCGAGGGAGAGGGGGAAGGGGAGGGCGAGGGGGAUGAAGGGGAGAGGGGCGAAGUGGAGGAAAUGGGCCCAGAAGGUUUUCAGUUCGACGUGUCAACAGACCCGAACGCGGAGGGGAGGGGAAAGAGAGUGGGGAACGACGAGGAGGUGGAGGGAGAGGAGGCGGAGGAGGAGGAAGAGGGGGAGGAGGAGGGGGAGAGGGAGGACUCGGAGGAGGCAGUGAGGGAGAGGCAGCAGCAGGAGUGGCAGCGGCAGUGGCAGCAGCAGCAGCGGCUGAUCGGACUAGUAGUCUCCGGGGCAGACAAUACCGAAGGUGAUAGUAACGAAGGUGGGGGAGGUAUUAGAGGUAAGCAGCGAAAGGAGCAAGUAGCGAGCGCCUGUCGACCGUCACCCGCCAACUCUCCCCCCUCCCUCCCGUCUGCGAGCCCUUCCCCGCCCCCAUCCGCGGUACAAGAGGAUUCGUGUGUGUCGUUUGCGCAAUGGGAAGAGGGGAGUGUGGGGCAAGUGGUGAGAAGGAGAGUGAGAGGAGUGGGUGGUGUAGGGACGGAAGAGGAUGAGGUAGUGGAGGAGGAGGAGGGAGAAGAAGAGGCAACCAGCAUGCCAGUUGAAACAGCGGUAGAUGUGACUUCAGCAACAGCAGCAACAGAAGAAGAAGCAGCAGGAGCAGCAACCGCACCAGCAGCAAGAACAGUAUUUACGCAGCCGCCAACAGCAGCAGCAGCAGCAGCAGCAGCAGCAGCAGCAGCAGGAGCAGCAGGAGCAGGGACGACACCAGUAGCAGCAGCAGCAGCAGAAGCAGCAGCAGUAGCAUCCGUGCUGCUGGCAGCGCUGAAGCAGACGGCAGCAGAGGAGCAGCAGAAGGGCCUGGGUGUCAGCUCCAGCGAGGACUCAGAAGGGGACCUGACACGUGGUGGAAUGGAAACAAGACAGCCGGGUAACCAGGCUGCCACAGCUGGUACGAAUCCGUUUGCUGGCGGGAGCACUGUAGAGGGACUGUCCGUCCCCUUUACAAUCACUAACCCGUUUAUAUGCAGCGGGAAUCUGUUUGAAGCAAUGCCAAGCAAUGAUCGCAAUGCUGCAAACGGUGCUGGUUAUUUUGGCGAAGUGGGAGUCAAAGCUGCUGGUUACCCUGUUCUGUUACCUGACACCUGCGCCAGUGGCAUCCCCACCAAUCCAUUCCUUGCAGCAGCUGCAGCAGAAUCCGAGCAGCAGGGGCAGCUGGGGCAGGCUCUACCUGCGCAGGUUCCUUCUGAGCAGGUUGUAUCUGACCAGGUGCAUCUGGGGCAGGUGCUACCCUCAGGGCCUGUUUCAUCUGGGCAGGUUCUAUCUGAGCAGUCUCCGUGCGCUGGCAUGAGCGGCAGCAAGACGCUUCCCCCGUCUCUUUGGCCCGCAUACCCCAUCUCUCCCCCUUCCUCUGCCCCUUCCCCUACUCCUGUACCCAGCCUCGCCCCUGCCGCUGCCCCUUCCGCCUCCCCCGCUCCUCCGCCUGCCCCUGCCCCUGCCCCUGCCCCUCCCCUCUCCCCCGCUCCUCCGCCUGCUCCUGCCCCUCCUCCUGCCCAAUCCGCUUCCCCUGCCCAAUCCGCUUCCCCUGCCCAAUCCGCUUCCCCUGCCCAAUCCGCUUCCCCUGCCCAAUCCGCUUCCCCUGCCCAAUCCGCUUCCCCUGCCCAAUCCGCUUCCCCUGCCCAAUCCGUUUCCCCUGCCCAAUCCGCUUCCCCUGCCCAAUCCGCUUCCCCUGCCCAAUCCGCUUCCCCUGCCCAAUCCCAUCUUCUAUCCAGCCUCGCUCCUGCCUCUGCCCCUCCCCCUACCCCUGCUGCUGCCCCUUCGCCCGACAACAGUGGGGGCCAGCAUGGGUCAAGCAGUGCAGAGAAGAAGAGAGUGAGAUUCAAAGACAAAGCAGCAGAGGAGGGUGGAACUGAGGUGGGGGGAACUGGUGAAGGGAACUCAAGGAACGAGCAGGAUGCAGGAGGUUCAAGCGCUGGUGAUAAGUCAACGGCAGGUAGUAGCCAGUUGGGAGGUGGUAACCAGGCGAAACCUGGUAACCAGACAAGUGCAGGUAGCGUGAGGUCAGGCUCUCCUGGGAGGGUGGGAACUGGGCGGGUGGCACCUGCUCCCUCGGGCCUAGCACAGCGCAUAUGCUGGGUGCCUGGAGCUAAGGAGGAGAGCGAGCAAGGGGUAAAGGAGGCAGAAGGAAGGGACAGGAAGAGCCGAAGUGAUGAUAGCCGUGGCUGCUGUACCAGCAACAGCAGCAGCAGCAGCAGCAGCAGCAGCAGCAGCAGCAGCAGCAGCAGCAGCAGCAGCAGCAGCAGCAGCAGCAGCAGCAGCAGCAGCAGCAGCAGCAGCAGCAGCAGCAGCGGUGUUCCGAAGCUGCUAGUUCCCUGUCCCCCUGUCACCCCUCGAAACAGCUCACCCCCUCCCGUCAGCCGGAGUAAGGCUGCAGGGGGGGCGGCAGGAGGGGCAGCAGCGCGGGUAGCAGCAAAGGCAGCGCUGUCUAGGAAGCCUCUGGUGCUGCUGGGAAGGAGUAGCAGCGCCAGUAGUGCUGUGGGUGGUGGCUCUGGUGCUGCUAGUGGUAGGAUUGGUGCUGCUGCUAGCAAGAGUGGUAACAGUAGCCCUACAGUUGAAACGAGUGGUAGGGAGGAAGCAAAAGGAGUUAAGGACACUGGUGCUGGGAGUCAUGUGCGCAGCAGCAGCGGCGGCAGAGGUGGUAACCCUGUAACUGGCGUGGAUCAGUGGACGACUGGGGAGGCAGAUAGCAGUGAUGGAGGAACCACCAAGCCCAGUUCUGGCCAGCCAGGGAAGGUCUGCCACCUACCAGGCUCCUACAGGAAGCCUCGCACCCCUCCCAACCCCUCUCAACCCUCUCCCACCCCUUCCCCUUCCGCCACAAUUUCCCCCCCUUGCAUCCACACCCCCACUCCCAACUCCGCCCCUGCCCCCCCUUCCCGCCCGUGCUCCCCCUCCCCCUCCUCCGCCCUUCUCCAAGCGCUUUCCCCCCAUAGGUCCCCGGGUAGGGUGUGGGGGGGCAUGGGGAGGAGGGGGUAUGAGGUGGGGGGGCUGGAGGUGUGUGGGAGUGAUGGGGAUGAGGAGGAUGGGGGGGGGCAGGCUAGGACAGGUGCGGAGGAGUGGGAGAAGGAAGGGAGUGUGGUGGGAGAGGGGAGUGUCGUAGGGGAGAGUGUGGUAAUGAGGGAGGAAGAGAUAGUGGUGUGUGGAGGAGAGGGAGAGGGGAAGGUUGGGAUCAGGGGUGUGGAGGGAGGUUCAGGGAAGGACGAGGGGGCGAUGGUUCUAAGGGGGAACGGGGGAAGAGUGGCAGGAGGCGGAGUGGGUGAGGUGGAGGGGGGAGGAAAGCCCAAGGGUAAUUUACCCAGAACGCCUUCCCCCCCUGCAGGCCCGAAGCCAAGCUCUUCCGGGCGAGGAGGUAGAGGAGGGGCUGUGGCCGCCGCAGCAGCAGCAUCAGGAGCAGCAGCAGGAGGAAUGGCGGGUGGGAUUGUGGGGAGAGUGGGCAUGGAGACUGGAGAGGAGAGAGGGAGGCGUGGGAAGGAGAACGCAGGGGAAGGGAGGUCAGGAGUGGAGAGGGCUCAAGGGAGCAUGCUAGGAGGGGGGAGUCCGGUACGAAAAGGGAGUCCCCCCCGUGUUCCCUCCCCGCCUGCUGGGCCCCGCCCCAACUCCCCCCUGGGGCAGCUGAACGCCAGGAGGAAGGCCUCUGGAGUGGCAAGGUCGCUUACAGUCACACUCGAUAAGAGCAUGUCCCUGCCCUUGCCCAAGGAGGGAACCAUUGUCAGCAGCAUUAGCAGAAGCAUCAACAAUACCCGCAGCAGCACCAACAUUGCCACCACCCGUUGCAGCAGCAUCAAGAGUGAGAGCAACAGCAGCAGCAACGGCAAAAACCCCCUGCCUUCCUCCUCUGAGGCCCACUCUGCCUCUGCUUCUGCAGGGAGACAGUUGGCAUCACUAUCACCUCGAGAGCCUGCGCCACUGAGUAGAAGCGCACUAGGAAGGCCGGCAGCAGCGCCCCCUGCUGCUGGAAGAACGGCCACGUCACCUCGGAAAGCCGCUGAGGCGUCUCAAAAAUCUCCUGGUGGCACGAAGUCAGCCACACAACCCCAGAGAUCUGCCUUUGGCCGCUCGUCUGCCGGCCCACCUGUGCGGUCUAAGUCUGGUGGUUCCCCCAGCAGGCAGCCUUCGCCCCCUGCUGCAGGCAAAGGCAAGCGGCCGGCGUCGUCUGUCUCCGUCUGCUCUGCUAACUCCAUCGGCUCGAUUGCUUCUCCUUGCUCUCCCUCCACUGCUGCUGUUGGUGCUGCAGCUGCUGCUUCUAGGAAGGCUGAGAGCGAGGGUGCACUGGCCUUCACCUACAGCAUGGUUGAUGAUGCUCUGGUUACCAGCAGCAGCAUCCGCAGUAGCGCAACCACCACCAGCACCGGUGCAAGCAGAACUAAGAGUGCUGGAGCCAUUGCGGAUGGUAUUGGUUGUUCUGGGAGUGGCAAUGCUGCGAAGGGGCGUCCUGAUCUUCAAGAUGAAGGCAAGGGCCAUGGCAGUGUGAGCAACAGUGGGGGUGACGAGAAUUGUGCCAGUGUGUGACAUCAGCGGUCGACAUGAAACCUUAAUUUGGACUUCAUGCUUGCGUCCCGCCCACUCAGUGGCCCUCGUAGCACGAUUAGGCAUACAGGCUAGUAUAUACGUUGAGUAGAUAUCAUAAGUAGGGAGCUUUUGUUAGCACCUUAUUUGUUGGAUACACAUACACCCCUAACGGGUACUUUUGUCAGAGGCUCGCUUGCCUUUUGUCAGAAGUUC